AUGCACAUCGUCCUCUAUUACUCCCACCCCGCAGAGCCGAAGAGCGUCGUCAACGCGCCCCUCGUUGAGGCGGCCAAGAAGCUCAAGAACGUGGAGGUCCGCUGGCUGGAUGAGCUCUACCCGAGCCUGCAUAUGACCCCUGAGCAGGUCAGCGAGGAGCAGAGGAUCAUAGAGAAGGCGGACGCAGUUUUCUUCCAGUUCCCCGUGUAUUGGUUUUCAUCACCGCCUUCUCUUAAGGUCUUUAUGGAUAGCGUGCUGACGUACGGAUGGGCCUUUGGCUCCAAGGCUGUGAUCGCGGGCAAGAAGUUCCGCGUCAUCUGCACGUGCGGGGGCACGGCGGAGAAGUACGCCGGGGAGUUCUCUGCAGGCGAUGUGGUCAAGCCGUUCAACCAGAGCUUCAGGUUCUGCAAGUGCGAUCCGCUCCCGUCCUUCGUCAUCUUCACCGACACUGACAAGGACACGCUAGUGGACAGCUACCUGAAGCUCUUCGAGUAA